AGAGGUUAGCACCGCACUUUUUGCUGUGACAAGGGCUUCUGCUGCCAUGCUCAGUAACAAACUGCAUUAUUUUCAUUUCAUAGCGUGAUCUAGGAGAAUAUGAGCAAAUUUACCUUACAGUAUGAGGAGCAUUAUUCGUUCUCUCCUGAUCUGGAGAAGUACUUUGUACCAUUCAACAAUGACAGGUUCCAGGAAUGUCUUGAUAACCGCAGAAAAUACACAGCUCUCAUGUCCAUAUCAUCACAGUUCAAUCAAGACAAGACAACAUUGAUAGCGACCAAUAACCCCCUUCCCGACUUGACUCUCAGUCCCCAAGUGGAUACCCCCAUGAAGUUUUUCACCAAAGAACAAGUAGGAAAGAGCUUCAGCUCCAAGAGCCAGAUUCACUUCCCCGUCCUGAAGAGGCAACCAAACCAGCUGCUGGCACCGAGGAACAGCCUUGCUGUGGGAAAGGUUGGGAAGCCGCUGCAGUUCAGGUUUUCCACAGACACCGAUUUCAAAAGCGAAGGGCAGUUUUCCAGAAACUAUGCUGAGAAGAGAAUGAAACGGUUAUACCCCCAUCUCCACUUUCACACCCUACCAGGACUAGAUCCAAGGAAGGGGCUACCCCCCACCAGAAAGAGAGGCCUGACCACAAAAGGAGCAAGCUGCCAGUGGGAGCCCUUAACUCUUUCCUCCCUCAUUGAAACACAAUCCGCUGUUACGGCACCAAGUGAAGCCAGCUCCAGGUCUAAGAAAGCCUCUUAGUGGUUUGUAAACACCUCUGUUACAACUAAUUAGUAAUAAAGCCUUCUGUUGAA